AUGAUUUUGACUCUUUGGUUUAUUCAAGCGCUUAUUGCAAGUGCGCAGAGAUACAGAGAUGACGACUCUUACAGUAGAGAGUCGGAAUCUUCCAGCUUUGACAGGGCUUCAACCCCUGGAAUAACAUUUAGACAAUUCAUGAAUAUACUCGACCAUCGCCUCAGAAAGUUCGAAGAAAGCAUAAACGAUAAAACCGACAAGAAAAUUGCAGACCUGCGAGAAGAGUUCAGUCGUCAACUUGAUGAAAUCAAGAGCAAUGGAAUGGUUCAUGAUGUUACAAACACAAGGGAUUACGAAGAUAGACUUGAAGAGACCAACCUGUGGCUGCAGAAACUCGACAAUGAUUUUGAAUCGUUUCAGACGAAGACUGACGAAUCAAUCGGUGAAUUAGGGCGAUUGACUGAAAGCCUCGUUACUCGAACAUCUCAGUUAGAGAAUAAAAGCGAAAAUUCGGAUAUCAAAAAUACGAAUUCUAUGGAUGGAUCGCUUUUAAGUAGUGUCAAUGACAAUAAACGGAAGAUUUCCGAAUUGGAAGAUCAAAUUGUGACAACGAGAGUAAUUCAAAUAAAUGAUGAACGAGCUCUGGAAAAUCUUAAUCGAACAGUCGAAUCUCUCCGACAACAUUCGAUGACUCCUUCGAGUUCUGGAACGAGUCCCGAAAUCACCCAGCGAAUCGAAAAACUCGAAGAAGACGUUCAUAAAAUAAGGACAAGCGAGAACGAUGAGCUCGACGAGCUUUACGAAACUGUCCUGGAGAAUAAAAACGAACAAAAUGCUAGAAUAACAAAACUCGAAAAGGAUUUACUUCAGAAAUCAGUCGAUUUCAAAAAUUAUCAUGAGCACGAGAAGACUGCAGAUCUUGCGUUGGCAAAGAAGAUUCAAGCGAUUGAAAACGAACUAGAAAAUGAAAAGAAAGAUUUGGAAAAUUUUAUAAGCGAGGUUGGCCAUGGAGAUUUCGGAUUUAUAACCAAGAAGAUUGUCGAUUUGGGCAAUGAUCUCGAGCAAUUGUUCACAAAAUUUGAAAAUUUUAAAAAUGAAGAGUUCGCGCAAGAAGAAAGGCUUGAUUCCGUCCUUCGAAGGGCAGAAUUAAUGAAAGAGUCGAUCUUGAAUCUCCAGAAGACCGACGAAGACUUCUUAUUCCGACUUGUUGAUGUCGAAACAAGAAUUCAAAACGGAUACUCUCCCGGCAGUGGUGGGCCUUCAUCGACUAGCAUUGAGCAGAUAAGCUAUCAAUUGAACAAGUUCAAAAGUUUUCUACGCGAAAUGAAGUCGCAAACAAACGAGAUGAAGGAUCAAAUCAAGAGUCUUGAGGAUAAAACAUCAUUAGAGUACUCUUCGUUAUCAAGAAAUCAAACUCGAUACGAGACCGCACUUUCAAAAAUACAGGAAAACUCCGAGAAAAAAUGUAUCGAACUUGAAGCCUCUUUAUCAAAAUUAGAAAAGCAACAAAAAGAAGCCGAGAUGGCUUGUGAAUCUAAAGUUGGGGCCCUUCAAGAUAAAGUUGCAGCUGAUCUACUGAGCAUCGAGGAAAAUACUGUCUCAAGUAGAGAUUACUGCGAGGAUAAAAUCAAGAAAGAGUUCGAAGCACGAAUUCAUUCUCGAAAAUUAUAG